AUGUUCAGAUUUCUUGGGAAAUUAAUUAAAAGAACUCCUUAAGAAUGUUUGUAGCAUGACCACUCAAAAUUCCCCAAUAUAUUGGCUAAUGAAUAUUGCCAAAGUUGCGACCAAAGUUUUUGUUACAUGUGUGGUAAUGAACAUAUUGGUAAACAUCAUCCAGUGAAUGGUAAAUAUAAUGUAUUUUCUUUUAGUUAGCCCUCAUUCUCGUGCCAAUAUGAAUAUGGAACAUAAUGAACACUUGACAGAGAAGGACAAAUUAAAUUUAGAGACUUUAAGAGCAUUUAACACAGGAUCAUUAAUUUAAUUGGACAUAAACAAAUUAAAAUGUAUAUGUGGCAAACCAGCUGAUGAAAAUACAGCCAUCUGUGCAGCUUGUGGUAGUGCUACUUGUUCAUAAAAAUGCCAUCAAGAAUUAGUGCAUUAAGAUAAAUGCAAAUUUCAUCAUAAUUUCACAGAGAAAGCAUAGGUAGUAUCUCUCAGAUCAAUUUUGCUGAAGUACAUGUUUUUAAUAAAUUUAGAAAUGCUUAUUUUCUCUUUGAUAAAGGAUAUGCAUAAGGCACUGUUUUUAGCAGAACUUCCUAAAAUUUCAUUUCAGCAUUUCUCACUAGCCAAAGAUCAUCAAUAUUUUUACAAAGAGGAUUUAGGUAGUAUGGAAAUCCUGAGGUAUUAUUAACUAAUAACUUAGAUAAGAUUUAAACACUAAGUGCAAUGGAUAUUGUAAAAGGGGCUGAUCUCGAUAAGGAAGUGCAUUUAAUGAGGGCCUGUCAAUGCAAAUGUUAAAAUUGCAAAAAUCUUGGUUAUCACCCUAUGCAUGUUUGUUAAUUGGUUUGUAAAUCGAGGGAUUUAUAUGUAUGAUUUUCAUUAAUCUUUAGAUCUAUCGAUCUUAUGCUUAAGAAAAUCCUAUUGAAAAAUAGGAGACUUGUGAAUGCCAAUGUAAAUUUUGUUCAUCUGGCCAAACUGUCUUAUCACACAAGAAAAUAGAUUGUUGUUUAAAAUGUGAAUUUAGAUAAAAAGUUGAUUUUUGAAUAAAAUUGUAUAUCAAACAGUAAAUAAUAAUGUAA